AUGGAUCACCGAGGGCAGCGACCCCCGCGCGCCGCGCGCCCGCCUGGGGGCCAGCCGGCGCAGCCUGCUCCGUCCCCUCCAUCCUACCCCGCUUACCCAACGGCCUACCCCGAUCAGCCAGCCACGACCUACCGCUCUGGCCACAGCCAGCCCCAAUACCCCCAGUACCAACAGCACCAGCAGCAGCAGCAGCACCACCAGCAGCAGCAGUACUACUCCCAGCAACAAUACCCUCAGCAGCCGGGGCGGGGUAUCUCCUUCCAGAACAUUGAGACCGGCGAAAGGCGGGAGCCGUUGGACCAGACUCGACAUCGCCAGUACUCCGCCUACCAGAGCGCGACAUCUCCGCCGCCGAUGGACGUCGAGGGCGGCUUCUCCGACGGCCGUGUGGGCAGGAAGAAGAGCCUCGUUCGUCCCGACAGGGAGAAGGUCGACCCCAACCAUCGCCAAUGGCACUACCGUCAGCGGGCGGCCGAGAUGGGCGACGCCCUCCCUUCCACGACGGGAAAUGCGCCCACCCGGGGCCAGCUCCGACGAGGAAAGUCGCUCCUGGGUCGCGAGGAAGAUGUGCAUGAGUCGGGUCUUGCGCUCUUUAAGCGUGGGACGCUCCGCCGCAAACGAUCGUCUGCCGCCGUUCCUCCCGAGGGACCCAAGUCUCGAGAUGGCUGUUUGGGCAACAUUGGGCCAGGGCCGAAGGAUGCGUGGUACAUCUAUUGUUAUAUCGCGACGUGUUGGGUGCCGUCGUUCUUCCUCAGCGCAUGUGGCAUCCGCACCCCCGAGCAGCAGCGGGCAUGGCGCGAGAAGAUCGGACUCCUCCUCAUUAUCAUCAGUCUUAUGGCCAUCGUCGGCUUCAUCACGUUCGGCUUCACCGAGGUCGUUUGCGGGACGCAACCCAAUCGCUUCCAGUCUGGCCAAAUCGACACCGCCUCGGUCAUCAUCCACGGUUACGACUACGACUUUAGCAAAUUCAACCACCCCGCCGUUGGUGACUUCAAUGGGAAGACAAACCCGCUCUUCGUCGGGAAUUGGGGGGCCUCCGGGGCCGAUAUCUCUUUCAUGUUCCAGAAUGUGAAUAAGAACUGCCUCGGGCUUAUCACAAAGACGAACACUUCAAGCAUCACGGGCAACAACAAUCAGUUGGACUGGUACUUCCCUUGCAACAUUUACAACCAGUUUGGCACGUCGCCCGUGAAUACCACCAACUCCGACAAGGACACCACCUGUCACAUCACGUCGACCGCCCGCAACGAUCUUGCGGCCUUGAGGCCACAGGGCCAGGUGUACUACACCUGGGACAACGUUCACAACUCCGCGCGCAACCUUGCCGUCUUCGAGUCCACCGUGCUUGAUCUGGACCUACUCAACUGGCUCGAUAACACCCAAGUUUCCUACCCCAGCCUCUUCGACAAACUGAAGCAAGGUGACGGCACUUUCAACGGCAGGGAUCUCAGCAUGUAUUUCCUGCGCACGGCUCAGCGUCCCAUCGGUCGCUGUCUGCAAGACAUCGUCACUGUCGGAUACAUCGACACCAACAGCAUCGGAUGCGUGGCGUCGGAGGUGGUUCUCUACGUCUCUCUUGUGUUCAUCAUCGGCGUCGUCGGCAUUCGAUUCGUCAUGGCUGUCCUUUUCGCGUGGUUCUUCUCGUGGAAGCUGGGCAACUUCGAGCGCGAGUCGUACGCAGAGCGGAUGCGGAGGGCUGCUGAGAUCGAGAACUGGACGGACGACAUCUACCGACCGGCCCCCAGCCGGUACCGUCCCAACGUACAGAAGAACGGCCUCGCCAAGGGAGGCGAAAAGCGCAAGACCUUCUUCCCUAGCACAUCUCGCUUUACCCCGUCGGAGAAUGCGAUCACAGGCGUUAGCGGGCGUCCCACAACUGCGUAUGGUAUGCUGGAACCUCCCAAGUCCCGCAGUGGUGUGGCCAGCGUUUACUCCAGUGCAAGGAGCUUGAAGCCUUCUCCUCCGGACACUCCCUUCGGCCAAUCUCGAAGCUCAACGUCACUCGUCAAUGAUCCCAGGCUUUUCGCUGACAACCCCUGCCCCUUCCCUCUUCACAACGUCGUUGAGCAACCUCCUCCCGAUUUCCAGCCCUUCAACUACCCCCUCGUUCACACCAUCUGCCUUGUAACUGCCUACUCCGAGUCGGUUGAAGGUCUUCGCACAACAUUGGACUCGCUUGCAACCACGAAUUAUCCCAAUAGCCACAAGCUCAUCAUGAUCAUCGCUGACGGCAUGGUCAAGGGUGCAGGGAACGCGCUCACCACCCCGGAGAUCUGUUUGACGAUGAUGAAGCAGUUUGUCAUCCCCCCCUCCGAGGUCCAACCUCAUUCGUACGUCGCCAUCGCCGACGGCCACAAGCGACACAACAUGGCCAAAGUCUACGCCGGAUUCUACGCAUACGACAACAGCACCGUCGAGGGCUCGAAACAACAGCGCGUUCCAGUCGUGCUGGUGGCGAAGCGUGACUCGCAAAUUAUGCUCAUGUCGUUCAUGCAGAAGGUGAUGUUCGACGAGCGCAUGACGACGUUCGAGUACGAGUUUUUCAACUCCAUCUGGCGCGCCACUGGCGUCAGCCCGGACCGAUACGAGCUUGUGCUUUGCGUUGAUGCCGACACGAAGGUUUUCCCUGACUCGCUCAGCCGGAUGGUGUCAUGCAUGGUGAACGACUACGAGAUCAUGGGCCUGUGCGGAGAGACGAAGAUUGCGAACAAGGCGGAGACGUGGGUCACGAUGAUUCAAGUCUUUGAGUACUACAUUUCCCACCAUCUCAACAAGGCCUUCGAGUCCAUGUUCGGUGGUGUUACCUGUUUGCCCGGUUGUUUCAGCAUGUACCGCAUCAAGGCGCCGAAGGGCGAUCAGGGCUACUGGGUUCCUGUUCUCGCGAACCCGGAUGUUGUCGAACACUACUCGGAGAAUAAGAACUUGCUGCUACUCGGAGAAGAUCGUUACCUGACUACGCUCAUGCUGAAGACUUUCCCGAAGCGCAAGAACGUCUUCUGUCCCCAAGCCGUCUGCAAGACCGUUGUCCCCGACACUUUCCGCGUUCUGCUUUCGCAACGCCGUCGCUGGAUCAACUCCACCAUCCACAACCUCGCCGAGCUCCUCCUUGUACGCGACCUGUGUGGUACGUUCUGCUUCUCGAUGCAGUUCGUCGUCGGCAUGGAACUCGCCGGUACCCUCGUCCUCCCCGCCGCCAUCUCGUUCACCAUCUACCUCAUCGUCUCCUCCAUCAUUCCGGGGGGUCCCGACACCACCAUUCCGCUCAUCCUGCUCGCAAUCGUCCUUGGUCUCCCUGGUCUUCUCAUCGUCAUCACCUCGCGCAAGAUCGCGUACGUCGGAUGGAUGCUCGUUUACCUCCUCUCCCUGCCCAUCUGGAACGGUACGCGCCAGGUCGCGGGCGAGGGCAAGGACGCCGACCACGGCGACAAGGAGGGCGAGUUUGACUCGUCGCACAUCGUCAUGAAGCGCUGGGCCGAGUUUGAGCGCGAUCGCCGGCAUCAGCCGGCGCUACCGCGCGAUUCAUACGACCCGCCUAAGAGGCCCGACGGUCAUCGCUACUCGAUGGUCUCCACCCCUGAGUAUUCCCCGCAACAGUUCGACCAGAGCACGUACGAGUCGUCGUAUGCCAGUUCACCAAGACCAAGGCAUGACAGCAGCGGGCAAGUGCUUAUGCUGCCCACUCCCCUAUCCGUUGGUCGCCCAGGCGCCGCGCAAACCCCGUCAGUGUCCACGGUUGCGCUCUCCCGCUCGUCCGAGGAGGGAGGGUACACAUCGGACGUUGGCUCACACCAGCGCCUUUCCGGCGGUGUGCUGCGGCAGUCGACGAUGUCGGCCCAGUACCCGCGCGAGAUGCAGAACCCGUACUCGUACUCGCCUCAGUCGGCAGGCUUCGACGACCAGACCACAACGCCAUUCGUCGGCGAGCCGGAGGAGGUCUCCGCGCUCCCGAGCAACCGUCAACGUGGGAUCUCUUGCGUGCGGCGCGUGAGUCGACAGCAAGGACGGAGGCCGACGUCGCAGGCGCCACCGCCGCAGAACCCCAACCGGUACUCGCGUAACUUCAGCCUGCCCCCCGGCGCGGCGCCACCGCAGCAAGGAGGGAAUGGCGGGUACGGCUACUAG